AUGGAAGCAAAGACUGCCAGCAUGAUGGCUGCUUCGAGCGAUGCAGCUGCCAGAUUGGCCCCUGCACAGUUGAGGGAGAUUCGCGAGGCAUUCCAAGUCCUUGACAGAGACAACGAUGGGUCGGUCAACAAGGACGAUGUAGCUGAUGUACUUGUGAAUAUCGGCCAGGAUGCGUCGAUAAUUUCGCAAUUCUUCCCUCCAGGAAGCGAUCAGACAAUCAAUUUCCCUACAUUUCUGAAUAUCUUGUCAAGUCUACUUGCGCCGCUUUCAUCUCGGCAGGAACUGAUGAAUGCCUUGGCUGCUUUUGACGACGAUGAUAGCGGACAGAUUGAUGUUGCAGAGCUUCGCGAUACCCUUUUACACACAGCGUCGGAGGAUGGACAGCCACCCCUGACGGAGAAGGACAUCAACGAGGUUUUGAGUGGAUUCACCGGACGCAGAGAAUUUAGUAGCAAAGCCGGGAAACUGUCUGCAGGAGGGAAAAGAGGAGAAGUCUUUCGGUAUCAGGAGUUUGUUGACAGUGCCAUAGGAGGAUCAGCAAGUGGGCGCAGAGAUCCUGAUACUGUCGCGAGAUAG